AGUUUUAGUAGGCGUGGAUGUAGGAGAAGAGUAAUCCACUCAGAAACCAUCUCCAUUACAUUUGAAGAGAUCACAUCGCACUUCUUACUCCGGCUGACUGGUUUCUCAGGAGUGGACGGUGUGGACGGGACUGCAUUAUGAAGUUAAUCCAGGUCAUGCUGCUGUCCUUUUCCCUGGUGGCUCAAGCUACAGGAGAGUCUGAUGUGAUUGGCUCACACAAACCAAUUAAAGUAGUCGUUGGUGGUGACGUCAUUCUGCCGUGCCACGUGGAGCCCAAAGAUGAUGUGACAGAUCGAACAGUGGAAUGGAGACUCAAUGAAACCAAAGUGCUAGUCUAUCGGAGUGGGGGGUAUGAUCCAUUUUCUCAAGACCAGCGGUUUAAAGACAGAACAUCUCUCUUCCCUGAUGAAAUGGCCCUUGGAAACAUUUCACUGAAACUGACCAACGUGACUCAAAACGAUGCAGGAAAUUUUACCUGCAAGGUCAAACUGCAGGGUCAGUUCAAGAAAGGGAACGUUAGGCUUAUUGUUGAGCCAAGGACGACAAAAGAUGAAAAAAAAAAGAUUGAUGGACCAUUUUAGUUUUGGAUUCUCUGAGCGCAGGAGGAAAAGAUAAUCAU